GGCAUUCAUUGGGUUUUGUUCCGCACAACUUACCAAAAUGAAGCUGACUCUUUGUCUCAUUUUUGCGGGGUUCUACACACUGGUUGCCGCUUCAGCUGACGAGGAAACGUUAGGGCCUUUUCAUUUUUCCGAGGAGCUGGAUAAGCGAGAAGGCGACCAGGAAGAAUUCGGUGGCUGCAAUGCCAGUGGUAAUAAAGUCAAAAUUACUAAGGACAAUGAGGUCAUUGAGAAAGCUUGUGUCGGAGAAUGGUCGGAAUGGACCCGAUGCCGACCGUGGAGAAAGGUAUCCAAGCGCGCCACCUGUAAGCUCCAGGACAAACAGACGGGGAAAUGCAAGGCUGUUACCGAAGAAGAGCGCCCCUGCAAGCACUAGAUUGUUGGACUUUAUCAUGAAGGACACUGUUACUUGGCUUUCUUAUUCUACCUCAAAACAAUAGAAACAUAGGCAGAAGGCUACGUUAAGCCAAUUCGUGAAUGGAAGAGGACGUAGUUCAGAGGUAGCACUAUAAUAUGAUAUCCUGUCUACUUUUUCAUGAACGUUGAGAAAGAUCGACUCCUCAGAGAAUUCUGCUUAAGACCGUGUACUAAAUAAACUCAAAAUUUACAUAGUUAACAAUUUACAUUCUGCAGUGACUCAAAAGCAUUCCGCGAAGUUACUAUUUAUAGCUCACAAGGUCAUUUGCAUAAGAUAUUGAUGACGUUUUAGUCACGUGACAGUCGGACAUCGACACUUAUUUCUACGCAUUUGAGCUUAUUUCAAAGUCAAUUAUCUUUGACCCUGCAUUGUUUUUAGCAUGAAUGAUACCAUAGAGUCAGAGAGAGAAAUAUUCAGAACAAUUAUGUAGUAUUUCCAACACUCGGACAUGUGCCAGAUUGAAUCUAACUGCCCUAGUUAGAAAGCCUGAAUCCAUUACGAAACCGCAUGUUUGUAAGACAUUGCCUGUAAUUCAGCGAUGGGGAAAUAGAGGGCAGCAGCUGCAGUGACGUCAUCUUUGCGGAAUGCUAUUCUGCUUAAGAACAAGUACUAAAUAAACUCAAAAUUUACAAAGUUAACCAUUUACAUUCUGCAGUGACUCAAUUUCAGUUUGAAAAAA